AUGCUGAUGCCACCAGGCCUGGUGAAAGUCCUUCUGGGCCUGUGGAUGUACCUGAGCCCACCACCCCUCUACAGCGCCCUGCAAGUGCUACCUAGAAAACUGCUCCAGCAGCACAGCUCUGUGACCUUUAACAGAAGGGGUGUGCUCAGAUAUCUGAACAUUCCUGUGAGGGAGUCCAGCAAUGUCUCCAUGGCAGCUAUGCAGAAUCAGACCCUGAAACCCUGCAGAGCCAUGAGGUCCAUUGUGAUUUUUGUGUUUGUGCUUUUUACAAGCUGCCAUGGCAAAGCCUUGCGGCAGGGUGUGGCUAAACCAGACCUGGACCUGCUGACAGAUGCAUUUUGGGACUAUGUUGCUAAGGCAACUCUGACUGCUGAGGACACACUUAAGAUGAUUAGACAGUCGGAACUGGGACAGGAAGUCAACUCCAGGAUCUCAAAGAGUUCAGAUGCCAUCAACCAAUACACAGUGGCCGUGCGUGGUCAGGUGACUCCUCUGACUCAGGAGCUCCUGGACAAACUCUCCCAGGAGGCUGAGCAGCUGAAGGUUCGUCUGGAGCAGGACCUGAGCUCUCUGAAGUCCCAGCUGGAGCCCUACGCUGAGGAGCUGAGGAUGGAGGUCCAGAAACAGGUGGAGCAGCUGAAACAGAAUGUGGCUCCCUACUCAGAGGCCCUGGACGCCCACACCCUGAGAGCCACACUGCUUCAGAAGAGUGAGGAGCUGAGGGGGAGUCUGGAGAAGAGCGUGAAGCAGCUGGAGUCUCAGCUGGGCCCCCAUACUGAGGAGCUGAAGGAGAAAAUGGAUCAGCACCUCCAGGACUUCCAGAAGAACAUGGCACCACUUGCACAGAGCAUCCAGGCCCAGUUAGUCCAGAGAGGUCAGGAGGUUGAGAGGAGUAUGGUCCCACUUGCAGAAGAGCUGAAGACAAAGCUAGACCCCUAUGCCAAGGACCUGAAAACCCAACUUACUUCACUCUGGGAGUCUUUCACCAAGACACAGCAGUGA